AUGGUGGACAAAGCUUACCUCCUUAAUGCGGAAGAAAUCCGAGAUUUUAUCGUCAACGGGUAUAUCCAAAUUCAGGCUGAUUUUCCGACCAACCUUCACGAGCACAUCUAUCAGCAGAUCGAAGAUGUACUUGCGAAGGAAGGUAACCCGGGAAAUAACCUGCUGCCCCGGAUUCCUGAGAUUCAGCGGGUUUUUGAGCAUCCAAAGGUUUGUGGUGCGUUGACCAGUCUGCUGGGUCCAGAAUACCUUAUGCACCCCCAUCGUUACUGCCAUCUCAACUCGUCAGGGAGUGACGGGCAGACUUGGCAUAAGGAUGAUUAUGUAUUUGACCAGAAGGUGCGCCAUCAUCGCUUCCGAUGGGUGAUGGCUUUCUACUACCCGCAAGAUGUCACCGAAGACAUGGGACCGACGGGGGUACUACCCGGAAAGCAGUAUUACAAUACGGUUUCUGAUACGAAUCCGGCGCAAAGCACUGAGCGGGCGGAGGCACUUUGUGGCAAGGCGGGUACGGUGACAAUUGUCAAUUUCGAUUCGUGGCAUCGGGCGACAGCGAAUCGUAGCGACAAAAAGCGUUACAUGCUGAAAUUUCAGUUCACACGGAUGGGUGAACCUUCUCAACCUUUACAGGGUAACGGGCAUACGAACUGCCAAUCCGCGGACGAUGAUAGGCAUCAAGGGUUAUCAAGACAUGUCUGGAAUUGGCUCUCUCAAAGCAAUGGUGCAGAUUCGAUGCACGUCCCAUCCGACAAAAACGGCUCUGUGUCACAACUGAUAGCGGGGCUACGAGAUACCGAUGAGAGUGUUCGCCUGAAUUCGGCUUAUGCGUUGGGAGGGAUGGGAGAAUCCGUUGUGCCGGCACUAAUGCAAGCAUUACGGGAUGAGGCUGAGGUUUUGGCGGAGAAAAACGUCACAAAAACUGCAGCGAAUCCACAAGGCGGUAACCCCGCCGAUCUCUAUUCUGCUCAAGCACUGACAGAGGUGGGGCAGUCCAGUGUACCGUCAUUGAUUUCGGCGUUAGGGGGUGCGUCUUGGCCUACCCGUGCGGCAGCUGCAGAUACGUUAGGCAAUCUAGGCAAGCUUGCGAAAGAGGCUGUACCCGCAUUGAUUCGGGUGCUGCGUGAUGAGAGUUCGUGGGUUCGCCGAAAUGCAGCGGAGGCGUUGGGAACAAUCGCGGGAUCUACUGAGGACAUUGUACCGGCAUUGAUGCAGGUUUCAACUGACUCGGAAAUGCUGGUUCGACUCAAUGCGGUGAUGGCACUGGCAAAGAUUGGUCAAUCCACAAACGAUAUCGUGCCUGCAUUGGCGGGACGGUUAAGCGAUGAGGACCGAUAUGUUCGUUACUAUGCAGCUAGCGGUGUUACGGCAGAUUGGAACGCCCGAAGCACAAAACGCUUUAUGGGACGACCUAGUGACCUCGCGCUGGUGCCCCAUAACAACAGCAGAGAAUCCUUACUGACAAUUACGCAUCUACUUCUCCCUGCCACAACCGUUGCAUCUCUUCACAGGAAGCUAGGAGGGUGUCUAGCGUGCCUGUACCCCCUCAACUCGUCCAUCCUUCAGGACAAUAAUCUUAUCCGCUCGACGGAGUGCGGGCCGGCGAUGGGAGACAACAAGGCAGGUGGAAUGCUGUGUUUCAAAGACGCGAUCCCACAGCACUCGUUCUGUUUCUACGUCGAGCGCGGAGGAUAG